UGGGGACACACAGGCUGCUGAGGGAGGUUGGUCCCCAGGCCUUCGUCCUCAGGCUCCACCAGCAGCCUCCCAGCUGACCCCCUUUGUUCCUCCACAGAAUGCUUUCUCCAUGCCACAGGAGAUAUCCGUGGAGGAAGUCCCUGCCUCCACCCAAAGGAAGACAACUGUGGAUGAUGCCUGCCAACCUGAGAGUGCUUGCGAGAACAUCCAACAUCUGGAGCACUUCAAGUCCAUGACCCGGAGGCAUCAUCACCCAUGUCCUGAUGAUGAAGCUGUUUCUUGCUUUUGCAUAUGUCGAGGAUCUGGUCUCAGAAAACCUGGAAAUGAGAGCUUUAUGUAACGAUGUAGACGUUGGUUCAACUGUCCACCACAAGGAUGCUGCCCAUUGGCCAGGAGGUUCCCAAAAGUCUCCCUGCCUGGAUCUGCCCUGGAGAAGCCGGCUGAUGGUCUUCUUUCUGAGCUGGAUCCCUCACAGCUCGGUAAGACCAAGACAGAUGCUCCCAUGUCAACCUUAGAGUUGCAAACCAUUGCAGUGCUGCCUACAGGUCCAGUUCCUUCGCUGUCAACUGACAUCAUGCUGGCUCCACAGCCAGAUGCAACUGUGGUACUGCCUCUGGUUUCAUCUACUCCAACAACCUCUACCACACCUCUAGAAAUGGAGACAACUAUGAUACCACCUGCCAUGCCACCUCCAGAGGUUGCAUCAUCGCCUGCUCUGGAGGCAAAGCUUGAGACUUCAACUGAUAUAGCAUCAGUUGCACAGCCGACAGUAGCUCCAAUGACACCUGUACUGUCACCUCCAGAGUUCAAGUCAUUGACAGAUUCUGAUCUGGGGACCUCCACUUCACCAGCAGAAGCACCAUCUACAAGAGAGAAGAGAGCUCUGACACUGUCUUCAGAGGUGAUGUCCUUGCCAACUGUGGAGCUGGAGGCAGUUACUUUACCACAAGUAGGAUUAGUUCCACAGCAGGAUGUGGCUCCAAUGUCACCUAUACUGGCAUCUCUAGAACCAGAACCACUGCUGUCCCUGGAAGCAGCACCUGCUACCUCAAUAGAUGUGGCACCCACUGCAGAUCAGAAGGCAAUACUGGUGCCAUCUCCAGUGCCAUCUGUAGAGCUGAAAUCAGAGCCAGCUCUCACUCCAAUAGAAGAGCCAUCCUGCUCCUCAGCUGAGAACCUCGAAGAUGGAGUCAUGAAGAUGAAGCCUCCCCUCUUGACGUACACACCCAGGCUGCUGGCAGAACAGUUGACACAGAUGGAUGUGGAGCUGUUCAGAAAGGUCCCGGCCUAUGAUUGUCUGCAAGCCAUCUGUUCCCUUCGUGCAAAGAAGGGUGAGGAGCACCUGGCACCUGCCAUUCGUGCCACCAUCUCCCAGUCAAACCGUGUGGCAAACUUUGUCAUCGUGACCUGCCUGGGGGACCAGAAUAUGAAAACUUUGGACAGGGCAAAGGUUGUGGAGCACUGGAUCCAGGUGGCCAGGGAAUGCCACAAUCUCAGAAAUUUCUCAUCCCUCCAUGCCAUCCUCUCUGCUCUUCAGAACUCCUCAAUACAGCAUCUAAAGGAAACAUGGGAUAAAGUUUCCAGGGAUAGCUCCCGUGAAUUCCAAACUAUGAAGGAAACCUCCCUGAAUAGGGCCCUGCCAAUCCAGGCCACUGUUCCCCACCUGUGGAUGCUCCUCUCAGAGCUGAUCUCCCUGCAGAUAUCUCCACCAGACACUCGAGAAGGGAGAUUAAUCAAUUAUGAAAUAACAUUGAAGGAAUACCAGGUUGUUCCGAGGAUCCAGCGCCUCCAGGCAGGAUGCACCUACAUCCACUUUUGGCCCAUGGAGCAAUUUCGGACCUGGUUUGGGGCCGUGGAGCAGCUCAGCGAGUCUGAGCGCUAUCAUCUGUCUUGUGAGCUGGAGCCACCAGCCCUUUUUGCCAGCAACACACUCCAGCAUCUACACCACCCAGGUGUUCACAAGCCUCAGUGCACUGACCACCAGGAAACCAGCACCAAUCCCAGCAGCAGAGAAGCCUCACAGUCCAGGGACCUGCUCCAGUUUCACCCUGACCUCAGCACUGGGGACCCAGAUGCCUCGAUCCCUGGACAUGCGGCUGAUGCCUCCAAGCCUGAGCUGGAAAUCAGCAUGGGCCUUGUCACUGAACGCACUGAUGGGCAACUGAAUCAGGGCUGAGGAUUCCUGACAAUGCAAAUGUCUUUUAUGGCAUGGACCCUUCAGGCAAUUAUGAUUUCCUUCUGACUAAGUGGACCUGCCCCAUCAGGACCAGGAUGAAGAAGAAAGGCUUCUCAACCCUUCUUCAGAGGAAAUGGAAGUGACUCAUGUUACAAAAGGGCAACUUCUAACUUGCCCUGAAGCCUGCUGGCCUCAGGGACACCCUUCCCAUGUCUAGGUGGUGGGUCACUGUAGCCUUAUGUGACCAGAAUAUGCCAAGCCUGGUGGGCACUUCCUUCACCAUCAGUCAGUUGAGGCCUCCCUGUCCUGACUCUAGUUUGAGCCCUGAACCUCUCCUCCUGCCUGGCUUGACCCUACCCCUUGACAGACUGACCUAGGCCCAUGUGGACCAAUUGCUGCCUUAGGGUGCCCUGCACUAUCCUGGGGCCCAUGCAUUCUGGCCCAUGACCUUCUAAGGGGUUCUGACCCUC